AUGGAUUUCUUUGGCUAUUUUAUCGGAUUUAAUAAUCUUGAAGGACAUGUCGAUAACAUUAUUCAGGGUCGGUUCUGUGAGAAUGGACGGUAUGGAGUGAAUUGCCUACAAAAUUGUCCUCAGAACUGUUAUACAACUUGCAACCCUUUUAAUGGAACAUGUAUUGGUGGAUGUAAAUCAGGAUGGCAUGGCGCUAUGUGCCAAAUAAAUGACGAAUUAUCAUCCACAAAUUCUAUCUUGGAUGAAAAUUCAGAAAAUAAAAAAAACGAAAAGCAAAUAGAUGGAUCUACCGAAAUUUCAAUUGCAAAUUUGGAAGAUUACAUUGUAGAUUCCACAGAAACAGAAAAAUUGAAAAGGCAAUUCAUGGCUAUUAAAAAAGGACAAUGCGAGUUACGGGACGUGUCUAAACUCCCAGUAAAUAAACCACAGAAUCGAUAUGGAAAUCUUCCUUAUGACGAGGCUCGCGUAGUUUCACAAAUUUGCGGAAAUGGUUCCCAUUCAGACUACAUUAAUGCAAAUUAUGUUGAUGGAUAUAAAAGACCAAAAAAAUAUAUAGCCACUGAAGGACCGAAGCAGACGACAAUUCAUGAUUUUUGGAGAAUGAUCUGUGAAGAGAAUGUUUAUAAAAUAGUCAUGGUCACUAAUCUAGUGGAAAAUGGAAAGAUAAAAUGUGAAAAAUAUUGGCCCGAAACUGAAGAAAAUUACGGAAACAUUAACGUAUCGUUAAAAGAUAAGGAAAUUUGUUUAGAUUAUGUCGUUAGAACGUUUCUUAUUACCCAAGGAAAACGAACGUGGAUAUUGAAACAUUUUCAUUACAUAACGUGGCCCGAUCACGACGUACCCAGAUUUACAAAUUCGGUUGUUUCAUUUUUACAAAAAGUCAGAAAUUUUAAACCAAAGAGCAAUUCUCCUAUUGUUGUGCAUUGUAGUGCAGGAGAUGGAAGAACUGGAACUUUAAUUCUGUUAGACAGCAUGUUAGAUAUGGCAUAUUCAGAAGCCAGAGUAGAUCUAGUUUCUUAUCUUACCAAUAUGCGGCAACAGCGAAUAAACAUCGUGGAAACUUACGCGCAAUAUCGUUUCGUGUAUCGAGCAUUAGCCGAUUGUCUAUGCGAAUUUAAAACAUCGAUUCUAUGCUCUGAUUAUAACGAAGAAAUCGACAGAUUAAAGAAAGUUAAUGCCUCGACAGGGAAAACAGGUUUUCACAUACAAUACGAACGAUUAGAGAAACUUCGUCCAAAAAUAAAACCAGCCGAUUGUCGUUCAGGAUACGAAAUUGACAAUCAAUUAAGAAACAGGAAUUUAAAUGUCGUACCACCUGAAAAAGGCCGCGUGAUUCUGCGAGGUUGUGAUUCCGAGUCAAAUUAUAUCAACGCUGUGUACAUUGAUGGUUAUAAACAAAAAGAUUCUUUUAUUGUAACUCAAGUUCCAUUACCAAAUACAGUUUCGGAUUUUUGGAGAAUGAUGCUACUUUCUGAAUCCAACACUCUUAUUCUUCUAAAUGAAUUAGAUGAGGUAUGUCCAUCUUACUGGCCCAAUCUUAACGACACUAUCAACUAUGAAAAUACAGAAGUUUCAAAUAUUUCGGCAGAAAUGUACGAUUGUAUUAUAAUAAGAACAUUUCGGUUGAGAGAUUUAACUCGGAAGGGAGCUACUACUAAAACUAUUAAACAAUUUCACUUAAAUAACUGGCCUUCUAAUAGCUAUAUUCCGUAUAGCGAAGAAAAUAUUUUACAUCUUAUUGAUAAAGUAGAAAAAUGGCAACAACAAACUGGUACAUUAACAUCAGUAGUGCAAUGCCUAGACGGUGUUCGUGCUUGUGGAAUUUAUUGCACUUGCGUAUUUGUUCUCGAUAAAAUAAAGGCAGAACAAGAAGUCGACGUAUUCCUAGCUGUAAGAUGUAUUCGUGGAAAUAGACCACAACUUAUAGAAAAUCUCGUAUGUAUAAUUAGGAUUUAAUACUGUAUAUUAGUUUUAACAAACGAGCUUUCUCAUUCUAAUGUCUUCCAGUGAAAUUUAAAAUUUACAACGUUUUUUCAGAACAAAGUCGUUUUCAACGUUUACAAUAAAUUAUUUUGAGCAAUUACAAUUAGAGUUUAGGUAAGAAAGAUCAUGGUUACGGCCGGAUAACCGAGCGGUUAAGAUGUCAGUCUAUCGCUUUUGGGAACAAGGAACGAAGACGGAAAGAUUGAAACGUUCUAGAAAUAUUUGGGAUGCCGUUCUUUACUAUCGGGCCGUCCCACUGUGAGCAUGGCUCAAUCCACGAUAGGCAUGAAAAAUGGUUUUCUAAGUGUCCUCAGGAUGGAACGAUAGAGCAGGAAGUUCUUUGCUAGAUUAUUUGUGAAAAAAUUAUUUUGAAAUUUGAAAUUCGUGAAAACACGUAUACAGACAUUGACAUGUAUGGAAUUUUGCUGAUUACAGUAGACCCCCCUAUAACACAGUUGAUAAUUCCGUGUUAUAUGAAUUCCAUGUUGUACGAGCACUUAGAUUUUACAAAUACCUGUGCCGUGCUGUGAAUGGCUCACGUAUUUGUAAAAUCUGAGUGACUCGUAUAAUUUUAGCAGUAAUUUGGAAAUUAAGGUAUAAAUUGUGUUUACACACAUGCACACAACUAACUAAUUUUUACAUUUUAAAAUAAUUCAAUAUAUUUUUUAUAUAAUGUCAUUUGAAUGUAUUAAUAAAAACUGUUAAUGCCUAACAUUCGAUUGUGUCAAUAGGCAUUUAAAUAAUGUAAUACAACAUAGCAAGAUGACAAAAAGAAAAACAAUUUACAAUUGGAGAGAUAUGGAUUUUCCAAUUAAAAUCAAAGAAAAAGAAUCUGAAAAAUAAAACGGUUGUUAGAAAUAAACCACGCCAAAUAUAAUUUGACAUAUUUUCAAAAUUCUACAAUUUCCAGAAUACGUAAGAGAAAGAUUAUAUGUAUAGUAACCCGAUAGCAGACAACUAAAUUAAGUAUUACGUAUAGACAUUCUUUAAUGCUUAGGGUUUUACUGUACAGUGUUAAAUAUUGUAGAUCCUAAAGGUGUCUUUUUUUACUAUUAAAAAUUCCACUAGAUGCGUGAACAAUAGAUGUACGAUUGCUGUGAAUAGAUGUAUUUAAUGGUCUUAAUGGUUGGAUAAUUAUUCACGAAAUUCAACAAAGGAACAAUGCUCAUUUCUUAGUAAACAAGAAGGUAGCUGUUUGAUAACAAUUAUAGAACAUCAUAAAUUUAUCGCAUGAUAUGUUUUAAAAAUAUCAGAAAGUAUUAACAGCACAUGCCAACACGAAACCAUUGCUAAAUAAUCUAGUUUGGAUUAUCCUAGUGUAUUGAUACAUUAAUUAACAUCAAAUAAGUUAUGUCUGGAGAGAACUCGGGUGAAUAUUAUAAGGCAAGAAUGAAAUACUAAACUAAAUCCUGCAGAAAAUUUAUGGGAGGUUUCGACAUGACGUGUUUGUGCUGUAGGAAGAUAGUCUAAUGCAUUAUUCAUAUAAAAAUUACCAAAUUUAUAACAAAAUUUUGUCCUGUCAAUGAAAGAUCAGUAAAAAUGAUUUUAAACCCAUGACGGAGGAAAACUAUAAGACUACUAAUUUUAUAGUUUGUGUGUGCACUUGUGCUCAAAGUACAAACAUAUCAAAACUUUUUGUCUUACUAUUUCUGGCGACUUUGAUUGUAAACAUUUGACAUUUUCAUAAUUUUAUAGGGGAGAUCGGGGCAACUUCGGCAUGCGGGGCAAGUUUGUCAAGCGCUUUUUUUUAAAAACAAAUUAAAAGGAGACUUUGGUUAUAGG